AUGUCACAAAAUCAUCGCCACCAAAUCCAUCCACAUUCUCUCAAGCAAAUUACGAAUCAAUUACCGAAACCACUUGACAAGAAGCAAAUCACCUCUCAUCAAAACUUUAUUUCCAAACAACGUGAAAAUACGAAGGAAAUUAUUCGAAACUUGGGCAAUUCUUCCGAUCAUGAUCAACAUGAUGAUUUUCAGAAAGUUGAUAAUGCUAAUCAAAUAACAAUAACUUGCGAAUGGUUUGAUCAAGAUUUAAUAUUGGCAAAUAUUUUCCUCUAUUUAAGACCGAUGGAAGUUUUUCAUCCGAAUUAUUGUAACAGUUGUGCUUGUUUGAUGAUGGUUUGUAAGGGUUGGUAUCGGUUUAUAUCUGGUACAGAAUUUGCCAAGUUUUAUUUCGAACAUUCGUUUUGUGUUUCUACUCCUUUCAUCAAUGAUGUAAAUGGUCAUGAAUUUGAAGAGCUUGACUCGAUGAAAUUUAAUUUUUCACAAACUAUUGAAAAUGAUGUUGAGCAAUGGAAAAAAGGUAUUGAGGAGGUUAAACCUUUAGAGGCACUAAGUUGUGUGAAAUGUUUUGAAAAUGAAAUUAGAAUCAAAACUAAUCUGCUCUGGAAGAAUAAUUUUCAUCGAAAGUUUCUGAUACUUACUGCACUAAUGGAAAGGAGAACCCAUUUCCCACACACCAAUUCAUCUGAUACAGUACCACUUUUUGAAAUUAUUGAAAAAUUAUUGGAACCUUUAACUCGAUCACAAAUUGAAAAAUUGAAUUCCAUUUUGAAAAAAUUGAAAUUUUCCAAAUUAUUAACCAAUUCCAUCAAAAUUAACUCGGGAAGAAUUGUAAUCUUCCAUGAUUCUGGUUUACCUUACAUUCUCUCAUCUAUUCACACAAUAGUUUGUCUGGGAAGCACAUUUCUAUUCAAUGUCAUUGAUAAUUCCUUCAGCACCUCAAGCAGAGUUUCCAUCUUCCUUCCUCCAUGUAGUACCUCUGCAGAGAGGAAAACAUUUGAAGAGGUUCUGUGUGGACUCUUGCCCUCAAUCUUGCUAUUCUUUAAGAAGCGUACAGUGAAAAGAGUUCCCUCUCCAUACAUGUUGUUCUCUCAACAGAAAAGAAUGGAGGUGGUGUCAGAAAAUCCAAAUAUUUCAUUAUCAAACCAAGCAACGAUCGUUGCAAAUUGUUGGAACAGGAUGAGUAAUGAUGAGAAACAGGUAUUUUUUGAUAGGUCAAACAAAAUGCAAGAGGAAUAUCAGAAUAAGAUUGAUAAGAUUCAGUACAUUAUUUCAGGUUUAGAAUAA